GAGGAUCAGACUAUGUCCAGUUAUAAACAUGCUGUUGUUUUUGUGUGUUGCUACCUUUCUUACCGUCACUGGUCACUCUUUGGCAAAUGACCUUACUGACACUGCUGGACCGGUUACUGACCGGGAGAUCAUUCUGGAUCUACAGCGCCGUCUGGCUGUUAUUGAAACCCAACAGACUGUUUAUGUGACACGUAUCUCUGACCUGGAACAAAGACAGCAGAAUGAUCACCAAAUAAUAGCUGACCUGGUCAGUCACCGUAACCUCGACCAGAAACGCAUUUCCGAUCUUGACAAUCACCUCGAAACAGAGAAAAGCCGAGUUUCAGAUCUUAAAGAUCAACUAAAGAGAGCUCAACGAUUAAUUUCGAAGUUUUCAGCAUACGAGAGCCAAAUCAACGACAUGAAAAGAACAGCUAAUCUCGAUAAAAAUCUGACAAGUAGCAAAAGACAACUUGUCGACAUAGGAAAUCGACAAGAAAAUGAAGAUAGCCAAUAUGACGUGCAGACAUUGGAUCUACCUGAAAAUCCAGCUAUGGAUAUAUUUCUUCCAGUAGAACAGGGACGUAAAUUGAAUCCUGUCUUGGACGGAAGUAUUUCGAGACAUCCAGCUAAGGAGGACACGCCAUUGGCCAGAGUGGCGGAGCCUAGCGGUAACCCGGAUGUUAUCGCCUUCCACGCAUACUUAUCUUUUGAUUAUAAUAGAGCAUCAACACAUAUGGAAAUUCGAUUCGAUCGUGUCACAACAAACGUGGGUCAUGGUUAUAGUGGUCACACGGGGACCUUUACCUGUCCAUCAUCUGGAGUUUACAUGUUUACAUGGACAGUGUGUAUACAAAGUCACUUUAUAACCACGGAGCUAAUCCGUAACGGCGCCGCAAUAGCAGCUGGUUUUUCCGGAGAUACGGACUAUCGCUCGGUGGGGACUAGUGUUACACUUGUCGAGUUAAACCAGAACGACGAGGUGUGGGUCAGGGUAGAUACGUAUAAUGCCAUCCCCGCGGCCGGUCAUAUUAUCGGAAACCCCGGCCUGACAUCUUUUUCUGGAUUUAAAGUACGGUAAAAUAGAACUGAUCUUUCAUCAUGGGAUAAAAUAAUGUCAUAUUGAUUUCAAAGUUUAAAUAUCUUUUGCAUGAUGAUUACAGAAAACAUAGAAUUAUUUCUAAGCACAAUUUUCUUACAUAUAUUAUCAUGGAUGCUAUAUUAGAAUAAAAAUU